GCAUACCAGACCAUACCUCAAUGGGAGUUUUCUUAUUAAGUGGGAUAGAAGGCGACCUGUUGAUCAAGUAGCAGGCGGUGUUAGCAGCCUCUGCCCAAAAACGCUUGUUCAUGCGAGCGUUGGACAGCAUACAACGAGCCUUGGAGAUGAUGGUUCUGUUCAUGCGCUCAGCCACACCAUUCUGCUGUGGAGUUUACGGGAUGGUGUGAUGCCUAACGAUGCCUUCCUUCCUGCAGUAAUCAUCAAAAGCAUCCGAACAAAAUUCACCACCAUUGUCAGUGCGAAGUACUUUUACCUCCUUUUCAGUUUGCCUUUCUAUCAUGACUUUCCACUCUUUAAAAGCAGCAAAUGUAUCAUCUUUAUGUUUUAGGAAAUAAGGCCACACUUUUCUAGAGUAAUCAUCAAUAAUGGCAAGCAUAUAACGAGCACCACCAAGGGAGGGCUUACGAGAAGGCCCCCCACAAAUCAGCGUGUACAUAAUCAAGUAUACCUUCGGUGCGAUGAACUGAGGUAUUGAAUUUUACCCUCUUAUGCUUACCAAAAACACAGUGCUCACAGAACUUCAUGUUACCCUGAGUGCAGCCAUCCAGCAGGUUCCUCUUCAUCAAUUCUGCCAUACCAAGUUCACUCAUAUGUCCAAGACGCAUAUGCCACAGGUUAGUCUUACUAGGUUCAUCUUUAGAAACAGCAGCAGCGGUAAUAGAACCAUGUAAUGUACUUCCUCUAAGAACAUAUAAGUUUGCAGAAUUCAUAUCACCAAUCAUAUAAACGAGAGAACCUUUCGAUACCUUUACAACUCCACCUGAACCGGAGUAUUUGUAUCCUUCUGCAUCAAGUGUGCUGAGAGAGAUGAGAUUUCUCGCCAUCCCUGGUAUGUGUCUCACAUCUUUCAGCGUGCGUGUCAUGCCAUCAUGUGUCUUGAUCUGAACGGAGCCAAUGCCCACGAUCUCACAUGGGUUAUCAUCUCCCAUGCGCACAACAUCUCCAUUCUGCAUAGACUUGUAAGAACUAAACCAAUCUUUGUUAAUGCAGAUAUGAAACAAACAUGUAGUAUCAAGUAUCCAUUCAUCAUGACUAGCAACACAACCAGCAAAAACGACAAGACAAUCUCCUGAAUCAGAGUUUUCAGCACUGGACGAAAAAAAAUAAUCCAAAAUGGACUUUUCGAAGAUUGUGGGGGCUAUUAAUGGCAUCAAUGAGAUUUCCACUUUAUGUAAAAUGGUCAAAGAUAUCAUUAAAUCUUGCUGGAGUGGCAUACGGGAGCAGGAGCUGCAAGACAAAGUAAUGAAGUUGGAGAAUGACUUGGAACGUUUCAGAGAUAUUCUUCCUGCAAUGUACAACCUCAUUGAUCGAGCGGAAUGGACGAUCCACAAAGACCAUGUGCCAGAGCUUCUUCUGAAACUCAAGGAUGCAGUUUAUGAUGCUGAGGACCUUCUUGAUGAGUUGAAAUGGCAUGAACUGAAGGUGGCCAUGGAGGGCUCCGCAAACAAAUCUCCUCUUAUUGACUUCCUUGAUAGUGUCAUUCAAGGUAGUUUCAACAAAGUGAGUGGUACCUAUGAAAAACUGAAUAAUGUUUCUAGUCUGCUGGAGAAGAUGGGGUUACAUGAAGUUACACAACACUUUGACAAAUCCUUCAGGCCCGAGACUACCUCUUUCCCAACUGAAACAGAAAUGUUUGGUCGUGACAAUGAAUUGGAGCAGGUGAUGCAAUCGCUUGGAGUACCUGCUAAAGGUAGCCGGGUCCUUUCCAAACGCAAGAAACCAAGCAGUGCAAUUAAUGCAUCACCAAGCACAUCAAAAACAAAACAACAUAACGGUACACAAAUGAGUGAUGAAUCAGGAAUCACAUGUAUUCCUGUUCUGCCUAUAUAUGGAAUUGGGGGUGUUGGAAAGACCACUUUGGCCCAGCAUAUCUGCCACGAUUCACGGGUCAUGUCUCACUUUGACCCGAUUAUUUGGAUUUGUGUUUCAGAUGACUUUGAUGUGAAGAGGUUAACUAAAGAAGCCAUACAAUCCUGUUCUACAAAAGAAGCUGAUAAUUUGGAUUAUCUUCAGCGUGCUCUUUCAGAAGAAGUGAUGAACAAAAGGUUAUUGAUCAUACUUGAUGACAUGUGGGGUGAUGUCUUGAGGGAGAGUGGACACUGUUGGAAGAGGUUUUGUGCACCUUUGACGAAUGCGCUACAAGGAAGUAUGAUGUUAGUCACCACUAGAUCUCCAGAUGUUGCUCGUGAGGUGCAAACAAUGGAGCCCAUCCGAUUAGAAGGAUUGCAGGAUGAUGUCUUUUGGGAUUUCUUCAAAUUAUGUGCAUUUGGAUCUAAGAAUUCUGAAAAUUACCCAGAGUUAGUGCACAUCGGUAAAAGCAUAGUCCAAAAGUUGAAGGGUGUACCUUUGGCCGCCAAAACUCUAGGACGCCUAUUAAGAAUGAGCCUUGACACUGAAUACUGGAAUAGGAUACUAAAAAGUGAACUAUGGGAGCUGAAACAAAAUAAUACUGAAAUUUUGCCAGCGCUUAGAUUGAGCUACCUGUAUUUACCAACCCACUUGAAGAGAUGCUUCUCAUUCUGUGCUGUUUACCCAAAAGAUCACAAAUUCGAAGAGGAUAAUUUAGCUGAAAUUUGGAUUGCAGAAGGCUUUGUGCAACCUGAAGGUAACACUCUAAUUCUAGAUACUGGCAAACAGUACUUUGAAGACCUUGUAAACCGGUCUUUCUUUCAGAGUGUUGGUGGUAAUAAACAUGUAAUGAUCUGUUGCAUGACAUGGCACAACUAGUUUCAAAGGAUGACUGCUUCAUUUUAAAAGACAAGG